AUGUGACUAGUCAAAAUUGAUCUGUUAUUAUGAGUAUUGUUAGAUCCUUUUAAGAAACAGUACAGUUUGUAAGUACAGUAUUUCAUCAUCGUGAAAUCAUAGAAUUGCGUUGGUUUACAGAAGUAAGGACAAUUUCACUUUCUAUAUUAAAGGGCCGUGAGUUUGUAUAAAAACCCUGCAGGUCGGCACAGGCAGGCAGAACAACACUGACAGGACAAGCUUAACCAAGAACAGUAAAACAACUUCUUCUCUACUGACUUCAACAGACCUUCCUCAAUUCAGAAAAAGAUGGAAUCCGAGAUGAAAUGCAACUUGAGCGAGAUGUGGAGCUCCAAGAUGCCCAAGGGACUGGACCUGGAGAUCUCCCAUCAUCCAAUGACAAUGAGGCGUGUGGCCAACCUCAUCAUCGCCAUGGAGAGGCUGAAGGCCGGCACAUCAGAGUCAGUGCUGAGCACCGAGUUCAGAGAUGAAAACCUGCUCAACAUCAUGAUGGAGAACAUAGUGGAAGAGCAUAUUGUGAUCGAGCUCGGCUCAGCUCCACCAGUUCAGUUCAGCAGGACAGGGGAAUAUCAGUGCAGUGUGACCGACAGCCAGAAGAGGAGCUUAGUUCUGGUCGAAAACAGCAUGGAGCUCCAUGCAGUGAUGCUGCAAGGAGGCAGUGACAACCGCAAAGUGCAUCUGAACAUGUCGACCUAUGUGCACCCUUCACCCAGCACCGAGGCCAGACCUGUGGCUCUUGGCAUUAAAGACACGAAUCUCUACCUGUCAUGCCACAAGAAAGGUGAUGUGCCAACCCUGCACCUGGAGGCAGUGGAGGACAAAAGCAGCCUGCUGAGGAUCAGCCCCGAAAGCGAGAUGGUGCGAUUUCUGUUCUACAAACGGGACUCUGGGCUGAACAUCAGCACCCUCAUGUCUGCCUCCUUCCCUGACUGGUACAUCAGCACAGCAGAGCAUGACAACAAGCCGGUAGAGAUGUGCACGGAGAGCGCCAAACGCUACAGAACCUUCAACAUCCAGCGUCAGAGUUAAAACUUGUCCAAGACACCCAAAGUGGAGUGUGGAACUGUAUUUUGGGUCAUCUUUGUCGCCUUUUAACUAGAACAUCUGGGUAUUGAACAGUGUAAAAUAUACUGUACUUCAGCUAUUUUGAUUCAAAUAAUCAACAACAAAGAUAUAAUUACUUUAAACAAACGCACUACCAUUGUCUGCCAGAAAGAUGCAAGUUUUGCAAUGUCUAUUUACUGUAUGUACUAAGUACAGAAAGUGAAAUGUAUUGACAUAGUCAAGUUCCACCAAAUGGUGGCAUUGUUGUGCUGACUGGAAAGCACCCUGUGUAUUUACAUGACAUACUGUUGACGCUUUAUCUAUGUAUUUAUCCAUUUGUUUAUCUAUGUUUGCACCAUUUUAACAUAUGUAUUUAUUUGGAAAUCUGCUUUCUUGCAAUUAUUUAAAUGAUGUUUAACGAAUCUUUAAUAAAGUCUUAUGAAUAAUUUGGA